AUGCUUCGUCAAGGCAACGUCGUGGCCGCGGCCAUCCUCUCCUUCACUGCAAUUGCCGCUGCCAGACCUGAGAACUUGAGAGGACGCACCUACCCAGACACCAACACCUGCCCGUGUGUGCCUGCGCCGGAGCCCAGCACCGUGACAGUCACUGCCACCGCUACGACUACGACUGCCAAGACUGAGACUGUUGAGGCCACUGCUCCGGUGAUCAGAGAGACUAUCACAGCCUCCCAGACCUUCACCCUCACCGUCACCCGCUCACCGAUUACCGAGACGUUCUACGUCAGCCAGGGCUCUUCUGCCCCUCCACCUGAGACGGUCACAGUCACCUGCACUGAGACUGUCAGCGAAAGGCCUGACGGCUCAGUCACAACCAAGUCGCAGCCUCCUUCAGACGACGACCAAACCAAGACUCACGCACACGGUAGCUCUGAGACCAAGCCGCCUCAUCGCGGUAGCUCUACCGACUCUAAGAGCAGCUCUGCUACAGCUACCCAAGGCGGUUCUACCACAUCCAGUGAGGGUGAUAGCCCGUCAGAGACGCCCGAUAACAACACCUACGAGCCUACGACAGUCACCCUCACCGGCUCUGCGACAACCAUCAAGACAACCGUCGAGUCCGUCAAGCCCACACACCCGCCCGGAAACACCAGCGACAAGCCUGGGCCUUCUCACACCAGCGAGAUGCCUUCCCAGAGCAGCGGCGGUCAGGAGAGUAGCUCUGGACCCGAGCCGACUACGAGCACACACCACUGCGAGCACUGGGACGGCACCCACUGCGUGAAGCCUACUACGCCGCCUCAGCCUCCCGUCACCGCCACGACGACUUUCACAGCUGAGCCCUCCAACUCGGUGUGCCCCAUCUCUGUGGCCUUUGUCACCGUUUACAACACCGUCACGGCGACUGUCUACCAGAGCACGGCGGCCUCGACCGCUCCGGCGCAUGUCCCUCGCGCACCGACGGCGACAGUUGCGUUCUGA